UUUUUAGGUGAGAAAUGCGUUAUCCUUUCUAGCGGGAAGAAACAACCACACUACCAGCAAUGGUGUUGGUUUGUGCUUCUUCCACCCUUUCACUCACAAACUUUGUUCCUCUCACUUCUCAGAUUCCAACAACACCUUUUGGUUCCUCUUUCCUAUUCAACAACAGAGUUGCCAAUGUUUCUGUUUUUGUUUGUCAUGCUAAGAAGAAAAUCAGUUUUGUUGAUCGAAUUCUUGAUUACAUUGAAGGAGGUCCUAAAUUGAGGAAAUGGUAUGGUGCACCUGGUCUCCUUGAAAAAGAGGGUACUUCUACUUCAGAUGAUGCUAGUGAAGAUUAUCCAGAAGAUGAAGUUAGGGAUGCAGUCCUGGUAACAGAUGGAGAUAGUGAGAUGGGUCAGAUGGUGAUAUUGUCAUUGAUUGUGAACAAAUCUCGAGUAAAGGCAUUAGUAAAGGAUAAACGAGUUGCUCUUGAAGCCUUUGGAAAUUACGUUGAGUCAAUGGUAGGAGAUACAGGCGACAGCCGAUUCCUCAAGAAAGCUCUACGAGGAGUUAGCACAAUUAUAUGCCCAAAUGAGGGUUUUAUUUCUAGUGUUGGGAGCCUUCAAGGGGUAAAGCAUGUGAUCCUCUUAUCACAGUUGUCAGUUUAUAGUGGUAAAAUUGGAAUUCAAUCUAUGAUGAAAAGCAAUGCAAAGAAAUUGGCUGAGCAAGAUGAGUCUGUAUUGAGUAGCUCAGGAGUUCCUUUCACCAUAAUCAGAACUGGUGAAUUACGAGAUACACCUGGUGGAAAGCAAGGUUUUACCUUUGACAAGGGUUGUGCAGGUAGCGGAAAUAUUAGUAAAGAAGAUGCCGCAUUUGUAUGUGUAAAAGCUCUGGAGUUUGUUCCACAAACUGGAUUCAUAUUUGAAGUGGCCAAUGGGGAAAAUAAAGUUUCAGAUUGGAAAGAGUGUUUGGCUACAUUGAUGGAGAAAUCAAGUCAGCAACCUCUUUCGUGAACAAUCAUAAGACAUGCAGUGAAAAUAUGGCUAUGUUGAUAAAUCAGAACAAAAUUUGAGUUUGUGUUUUGACUCUGUUCUAUUGAAAUUGAAAUGAGUAGUCCAAUCCUCAAUAUGUUGGUUUGUUUACUGCAACAAGUCCAAGUUCCUGUAUCCUGUAUUUAUUUCCAUUAAAAAAAGCGCCAUUUUCACUUUUUCCUUUA